UGUUCUCCAAAUCUUCAACAUCUUUCACUAAUUAAUUAAUUCCAUAGUAAUUAAUUAAUUUAAUCAACAAACAAAUAUUUGUUUUCAAAUAUAUAUAUUCCAACACGUUUUUAUUUUGCUGGUGGUGCCGCCAAAAGACAUGCCGACGCCUGUAAAUAGCGCCCGGCAAUGUUUGUCACCGGAGUCAAUUCAAGUGUUAGACGAAGCGGUUUCCGUCGCUAACCGUCGUUGCCAUUCUCAAACGACAUCCCUUCAUGCCGUUUCAGCUUUACUAUCACUUCCAUCAUCACCCCUACGUGAAGCAUGCACACGCGUUAGAAACAGCACGUAUGCUUCACGCAUACAAUUUAAAGCGCUCGAGUUAUGUUUAGGCGUGUCGUUAGACCGGUUACCAACGACACCGCAGCGCGUGGAGGAGCCACCGGUGUCUAACUCACUUAUGGCAGCUAUAAAACGGUCUCAGGCUAACCAAAGACGGCAGCCUGAGAAUUUUCAUUUGUAUCAACAAACGACGUCGUUUUCCUCGGCUUCUGUUUCAACUGUUAAAGUUGAGUUACAGAAUUUUAUAUUAUCAAUACUUGAUGACCCGGUUGUUAGUCGGGUCUUUGGUGAAUCCGGGUUUCGGAGUUCGGAUAUUAAACUAUCCGUACUCCGACCUGCACACCGUCAAUUUAUUCGACAACCUAUAUUUUUAUGUAAUAAUAAUAUGAGUAGUAAUUUUAGCUUCCCAUUUUUAGAAAGCAAUGGAAUAUAUAAAAGAAUUAAUGAAGUUUUAAUUAGGAAACAAGGGAAGACAAGAAACAACCCAUUAAUAGUUGGCCCAUCAGCAGUUAAUACAGUUAAAGUAUUUUUAGAAACAUUGGAAAAAACCAAGAUUGGUGCAAUCACAAAUGUUGUUUCUGUUAAAGAUGAGAUUUUUAAGUUUGUUAAUGGGAAUCUUGAAGUGGGUUUGUUGGAAAUGAAGUUAGAUGAAGUGGGUCAUGUUUUGAAACAGAGUUUAGGGUCUGGAGUGAUAGUUGAGUAUGGAGAUUUGAAAGAGUUGGUUGACCCGAAUGCGAGUUUUUUGGAUUUGGUUAGUUUUGUAGUAAGGAAGUUGGGUGGCCUGGUUACGGGUCAUAGUUGUAGAGUUUGGUUGAUUGGUUAUGCAGAAAGCCAUGAAAUUUGUAUGCAAUUUUUUAAGAAAUAUCCUUGUGCUGAAGAAGAAUGGGACCUUCAUGUUCUUCCUACUGAUUCCAUUAGACCAGUCUUGGCAGAAACAUUCCCAAAAUCCAGCCUAAUGGAGUCAUUUGUACCAUUUGGAGGUUUUUCUAUGCCAUCUGAUAUAAAAAGUCCAUUAAGGGUAUCAAGCCAUUUUGGAUCCUUAUGUCACAUUUGUGAUGAGAAGUUUAAGCUAGAAGUGAAUGAUGUUUCGCAAGGAGGACUUACUGGUUCGGUUUCGGAUCAUUGUAGGUCAAAUUUGCCUUCUUGGUUACAAAUGUCCCAAUUAUCUGCAAACAGCGAAAUGGAUAUGGUGCAGGCCCAAUAUGAUCCUGUUGUGGUGAGUGCCAAAAUCAUUGGGCUUCAAAAGAAAUGGCAUAGUAUUUGUCAACGUCUUCAUCAAGGCGAACCAUACAUGCAGAUUUUACCAAAAGAAAAGUUUACAGUCGGACCUCAUGUCCCUUCCAUUAUAGGCUUUCAAGUCUCUGAAAGCAUCAACCAAUAUGCUGGAAAUAAUCACAACACAUCUUCAAUUGAAAGUGGAUGUGAUGCAAUCUUAAAUUCAAACUCCAAGAACAUUAAAGAUUCACCAAUUGUUUGCAGCCUUACAAGUUCAACAGGAUCAGGAAACUCUGUGACUACUGAUCUGGAGUUGGGACACAUCGAUCAGAAAGAUUAUAAAUUGGUGCAUUCUUCACUGUUCACAAGGGUUGGUAGACAAGAUGAGGCUCUUGGUGUUGUUAGUCAGACCAUAGCUCGUUGCAGGGCUAGAUCUGGACCCAACCGGAGUGGUAUCUGGUUUGGUUUUGUAGGGCCAGAUAGAGUUGCCAAAAAGAAAACCGCUGUUGCUCUUGCUGAAGUAUUGCUUGGAGGUAUGGACAACAUGAUCUGUGUUGAUCUAAACUGUCAUGAUUUUAUGAAAGGUUGUGCUCUAAAGCUGAGAGGAAAAAAUAUUAUUGAUUACAUUGCUGAUGAACUCACCAAGAAACGAUUAUCAGUUGUGUUUCUUGAAAACGUUGAUAUGACUGAUACACUUACUCAGCACCAUUUAUUACAAGCCGCAAGUACUGGGAGGUUUUCUGACUCUCAUGGAAGAGAAGUAAGCAUCAGCAAUACAAUUUUCGUGUUGACUUCCAAGUUUUUUGGACCAGAUGAGUCUGAUGCUAGCGUUGACUAUACUGAGGAAAAUGUAUUAAAAGCUAAGUGUGGGCCAAUCCGUAUGCUGACCGGGUUUGAUCUUGAUGACAUGAAACCAAGCGCUAAAGUGGUUCAUGUUACAAAAGAUAAGCAAGCCUGUUCUCCAGUUUACAAGAACAAGAGGAAGUACAAUCACAGGACUUCAACGGAUAACCAUUUCCUUGACUUGAACCUGCCAGCUGAAGAGAGUGACCUAGAUUAUGCUUGUGUUCCCGAGAACUCGAAUGAGUGGUUAGAAGAUGUUCUUGAACAUGUGGACGCGAAGAUCAUUUUCAAGCCGUUUGACUUUGACAUGCUUGCUGAGCAGAUCUUGAAGCGAAUUGGUGAUUGCUUUGAGAAGAAUGCUGGGUUGCGUUGUUCAUUAGAAAUCGAUUAUGACAUUAUGGAGCAGAUUCUUAAAGCUUCAUGCUUUUUGGAAACUGCAAAAACAGAUGAUUGGAUUGAGCAAGUCCUUGGAGAAGCAUUUGCAGAAGCUCAGAGGAAAUACGACCUCAGUUCUCACUCGGUUUUGAAACUUGUCACGGCUGAGCAGCCCGAUGAGCAACCUGUCGUCUCUCUGCUUCCUGACAGGAUUAUAAUGAGCUGAUCAAAAAAUUCAAGAUUCCAAUAUAGUGUAUAAUGUAGCACCAUAGCAAUAGUAAUUAGUGAGUGAUUUGAUGCAUUAGUAUAGGGUGUGGGAUAUAGAUUUAUUUGGGUUGGUUUUGUUGUUGUCUUUGUAUAAUAGAUAUAGUUCAUUAAUAUAGUUGAAAGAUUGUGAAA